GUGGAUCAUCCUCCUCCUACCGUUCUUACCGGAGCUGGAAUAAAAGGUAAACAUUAUCACACUUGGGGGCUUCUUAAGAUAAGAAUGUUUAUGAUCAUACCUCUAGGCAUACUCCUAAAAUAAAUACAUAUCUAGCGAAGACCAAAGCACAAUACUCUAAUGUUCGAUGCUAUUUGAUUGUCUGGUGGAUUGCUGAUAGGUUUUUUCUCCUCCCUCUUUCCUUAGGAUCCAGUUCCUCACUUCUCAAGCUUUUGUAGACUGCAGUAAGCAGCGGCCCACAUUGUUUUUCUAGAAGAGAGGGCUGCAGCUUCCUCCUAGCAACAGACACUUUUACAGUUGCAUUCAAUGCCUAACAUUGCAGAACCCGAAAGGGCCAAUGAUUCUGGAAAUGGUGAGCACCAGUCUGAGAGGAAGUCUCUGGAAGAGAAUCUACAAGGUGCUGUAAAAUCUUUCUGUACAAGUGCCUCAGGAGCACCCUUGGGUCCCAAAGGAGAUGGCCAUUACCCAUGGAGUUGUCCCGUGACUCAUACUCGGGAAAAAAUCUAUGCCAUCUGCUCAGACUACGCCUUCCUCAACCAGGCCACCUCAAUCUACAAAACUCCAAACCCAGCCCGUUCCUCUUGCCUCCCUGACAGUACCUCGUUAUCCACUGGGAAUAAUGCAUCAAAAUACAUCGGUAUCCCGGCUAGUGCAUCUGAAAUAAUCUAUAAUGAGGAAAACAACUUGGACACGUUAUCCAACAGCCUCGGCAAGCUACCUCUCGCAUGGGAAAUUGAUAAAUCAGAAUUUGAUGGGGUCACUACAAAUUUGAAACACAAAUCAGGCAAUGCAAAGAAACAAGUUUCCAAGAAAAAAACUUCAGACAAAAAGGGAAGACACCCGAGAGAGUGCCCUCAGCACUCCCCUCUGGACGACAUCAAGCAGCGGAAAGUGCUAGACCUCAGACGAUGGUACUGCAUAAGCCGACCACAGUACAAGACUUCUUGUGGCAUUUCCUCAUUGAUUUCGUGUUGGAAUUUCUUGUACAGCACAGUGGGAGCAGGAAAUCUUCCACCCAUAACCCAAGAAGAAGCUUUACAUAUUCUGGGCUUUCAGCCGCCAUUUGAAGAUAUCCGGUUUGGCCCAUUCACUGGAAAUACAACACUCAUGAGAUGGUUUAGACAAAUUAAUGACCACUUCCACGUGAAAGGAUGUUCUUACGUUCUAUACAAGCCUCAUGGGAAGAACAAAACAGCUGGAGAAACAGCUUCAGGAGCCUUGUCAAAGUUAACCCGUGGACUGAAAGAUGAAUCGCUCGCUUAUAUCUAUCAUUGCCAAAAUCAUUAUUUUUGUCCAAUUGGCUUCGAAGCAACUCCUGUUAAAGCAAGUAAAGCAUUCGGCAGGGGUCCUCUCUCACCGCAGGAAGUGGAAUAUUGGAUAUUGAUUGGCGAGUCCAGUAGGAAACAUCCGGCAAUUCACUGUAAAAAAUGGGCAGAUAUUGUCACUGAUCUGAACACUCAAAAUCCAGAAUACCUAGAUAUCCGGCACUUAGAGAGAGGACUUCAGUUCCGAAAAACAAAGAAGGUUGGGGGAAAUUUGCAUUGCAUCAUAGCUUUCCAGAGACUGAGCUGGCAAAGGUUUGGCCUUUGGAACUUUCCAUUCGGCACCAUUAGACAGGAAUCACAGCCUCCAACGCAUGCCCAGGGAAUUGCCAAAUCUGAGAGCGAAGACAACAUCUCCAGGAAACAGCAUGGGCGUCUUGGCCGGUCCUUCAGUGCCAGCUUCCACCAGGACUCGUCCUGGAAGAGAAUGUCUAGCAUCCACGAGAGAAGGAACAGUGGCUACCAGGGCUACAGCGAUUAUGACGGGAAUGACUAACAGCAGGAGGCCGGGUAGCGGGGAUGCUGCGUGGCCGUCCUGUCCGGGACGCAUCAGGACAGUAGAAGAUGUCAUUAAGCCUAUGAGUAGGACAGACCUUGUGGUACAAAGCGUAACCUUGUAGUUCUCUAGUCAGUAUGCUUGCACAGGACUAUAUGAUGAAUGGCGAAUUCAGAUGCAUAAGCAGAUAAGCACAGUUUAUUACCCUUUUAAAGCUAAGAGUAGAUUAACAAUCUGGACAGAACUUUUCAUAGAAUCCAAUAAAAAUCACAAUGGCUUCUAAAUACAAACACAAAUUCACAUAACUGUAUCAGGAUUUGAAAUACUUUAGCAUGAAGUGAUUUCUUAUGACUUGAUCCUUAGGCCUAUUACUACAGAUAGUGUUAUUCCUAAAAUCAAGAGGUAAAGCACUGUCUGUGUGCCCUUAAAAAAAAAAUGAGGGCUGUAAAUUUAUAAAAUUUGCUCACAGUUAAAGUUCAUCCAUAAUCAUGUUGUGAGUAGUCUGUCACAUACAGCAGUAUCAUUGCUAGCCUCAUCAUUUGUUUCCCAAAUAAUUGUUUCAUGAUUCUCAAGGCAAAAAGAGAAAGAUGGAAGAAACAGAUCUUUUCUGUUGGUAUGCGCGGGGUGACUUGCUCUGUGGAUUCAGAUAUUCUUGACUUGGUAUGUGACUGUGAAAUAUUGAUGGGAACCUUAGGUUUCGGAAGCUUUCUGCUGUAAGUUUAGAAUAAACUUUGUUUUAGGGACAAGUGGCAUCAGAGGUUUCUCUACACAAGACAAUCUGCAGUGAGAUUUCCUGACCUUUGGCCUGUCCCUUCCGUGGAGUUGUGUGUUAGCAAUAGGACCACUCAGGCCACUCUGAGGACAACUCUCUUGUUCUAAACUCGCAGCUGUUGCAGUUAUUGAACCAUAUAGGUAAUUAGCUCUGUGAAGUGUUGACAACUUCACAAGUGUGGGUUUCAUGCCUUUGUGCUCCUCUCUAGUGCUUGUUGGUUUUUCUCCUCCUUCCAUCCUGUGACUCACAAACUUGCAGGAUCUUUGGUUCUUUCAUUUCCAGGGCUGUUUCUGGGAGAAUACAAGGUGCUGAAUAUGUUGGCUACCAUAUCGCAAUACACCUCAAGAAGAGGGUUCAGAUUUUUAUUUUUAGAAUAUUUUCAUUUUUUCCCCCUCUGAAUUUUAUAUCCAUUUAUCCACUCACACACGUCUAGCCUACAGAAAGGGAUAUAUAUUCUAAAAUGGUCAUUUUUUCUGAAGAGAAUAUUUUGCUUGACAUGCAAAGGACUGAAAGAGAUUUGUAGGUUGUUGAUUUUUGUUACUUCAUACUGGAACUUUUAAAAAGUUUUCAUCAAAUAAAGUUUUGUUUUCUA